AUGAAGGGAGGUUCAGAGACAAAGUUCUUGCAAGAACUUUUUUUGUACGCAACGAGCGCCGCUCUCAGCUGCUUGGCGUUGUUCGCGGGGCUCCGACACCUCGACCCUAAUCGGGAGGCCUCAAAGAAAGCCCUAGAACAUAAGAAGGAAGUCGCCAAGCGUUUGGGCCGACCUCUAAUUCAAACUAAUCCCUAUGAGGAUGUAAUAGCCUGCGAUGUUAUUAAUCCUGAGCACAUUGCCGUGGAGUUCAACUCUAUAGGAGUGGUUGCUGUAUUUAGCUUGGCCUAUAAACUACAGCCUGCUAUUAUAUUCAUUGAUGAGGUGGACAGUUUUUUGGGUCAGCGCAAGACUAAUGACCAUGAAGCACUAACAAACAUGAAGACCGAGUUCAUGGCACUAUGGGAUGGUUUCACCACUGACCGUGAGUUAUCCACUCUCCUUCUGUCUCUCUGUUUCCUGUAG